AUGCCCCUGCUCAUGUGCCACCCAAUGUCUCAGUGGGCUAGUGACAUGGACCACAGACACAAGGGCACUGUAUGUGGCUUCCUUGUUUCACUCGCUCUGCCGUAUCAGUGUUACACGGCCUGCUCCCACUCUGUGAUGCCCCAGACAGAGGAUGAUCCUCUUCCUAUUCCUCAUAAAUUCUACCAGCCAGGCAACUUUAUCAUCGGUGGGAUUGCCUCUCAGGUUUUCAUCUUCCACAACGCUCUCAGUUUCAAGGUGCCACCCGCACAGAUGUUGAUUGAUGAACCUAUGUCAAUGCCAAAAAACUACCAGCAUAACUUGGCCUUGGCGUUUGCAGUAAAAGAGAUCAAUGAGAAUCCCAACAUCUUGCCCAACUUCACUUUGGGGCUUCAUGUCCUCAACAGUUACUAUACUGUAAGAAUGACCUAUAAAGCUACCCUGAGUUUGCUUUCUGCAGAACAGAAGUUCAAACCCAACUUCAAGUGUGAUACAGAAAACAAGCUGAUAACAAUAAUAGGAGGACUGGACACUGACAUCUCUGCCAAUAUGGCCACCAUCCUGGCCAUCUACAAAAUGUCCCAGCUCACUUAUGGAUCACUUUCAGCAGUUCAGGGUGACAAAAUGCUUUUCCCAUAUUUGUAUCAAAUGUCUCCAAAUGAAGCCUUUCAAUACAUGGGUCUUAUUCGCUUACUGCACCAUUUCAGAUGGACGUGGAUUGGGCUUGUAGCUAUGAGUGAUGAUGAUGGAGACCGGUUUUUGCAGACUAUGACACCAAUGCUUUCUGAGAAUGGUAUUUGUUUUGACUUUACAAUAAGAAUCCCAAAAUUAACAUAUCUGGAAGAGGAGGCAGACUUGCUUUUGAAGCAACAAGAGAUUUAUGACAUUCACACAAAGAGCAAAGCUAACGUAUAUGUGGUAUAUGCACGACCUACAUCCAUGUUUGUUUUGAGAAUGUUGCUGUUUGCAGCACCCUUUAUUUCUUUGCCUCCUCUACAUAAAGUCUGGAUUAGUACAUCCCACUGGGCUUUUGAAUCAUUUUCCUUUCAAAGAACUUGGGAUAUCGAGGUUUUCCAUGGUGCCAUAUCCUUCACAGUGCAUGCCAAUCAGCCACCUGGAUUCCAAAACUUCCUUCAGGAUAUCAAUCCUACUUGGGCAAAUAAAGAUGGUUUUAUUCACAACUUCUGGGAGCAGGUAUUUGCUUGUUCCCUGACAAAUCCAGCUGUACAUGGAGACAGCAACAAACCCUGUUCUGGCAAUGAGAAGCUGGACUCUAUUCCUGUGACUUUGUUUGAAAUGAGCAUGACUGGCCACAGCUACAGUAUCUACAAUGCUGUCCAUGCUGUAGCACAUGCUCUGCAUACCAUCUACAUAUUUCGAUCCAACCAUAGAUCCAAAGAAGUUCCAAACACAAGGUUGGUAAAAGAAAAGCAAGUGCAACCGUGGCAGCUCCACUACUUUCUAAGAACCACCAUAUUCAACAACAGUGCAGGAGACACUGUGUGUUUUGAUGGCAAUGGAGAAUUAAAAACUGGAUUUGAUGUUACCAACUGGGUCACUUUCCCAAAUGGAUCUUUUGUUAGAGUAAAAGUGGGAAGGCUGGAUCCUUGGGCUCCUGCAGGCAAAGAGCUUACCCUUUAUGAUGAUCAAAUUGUAUGGCACAGAACCUUUAAGCAGUUACAGCCCCGUUCAAUGUGCAAUGACCAUUGCCGUCCUGGCUACAGCAGGAAAUGGAAGGAGGGAGAAAAAUUUUGCUGCUAUGAUUGUGAUCCUUGCCCAGAAGGAAUGAUCUCUGAACAGAAAGACAUGGAUGCCUGUGUCGAAUGUCCAAGAGAUCAGUAUGCUGACAAUCAACAAAAACAGUGCAUUCCCAAAGAUAUAUGUUUCCUAUCCUACCAAGAACUUUUAGGGAUCAUCUUGGCCAAACUGGUGAUCUCUUUCACUCUUGUCACAGCUUGGGUGCUUGGAGUCUUCAUAAAACAUCAGGACACCCCCAUCGUCAAAGCCAACAACCGAACCCUCAGCUACAUCCUCCUCAUCUCCCUCUUGCUUUGUUUCCUCUGCUCCUUCCUGUACCUUGGACAGCCUGUAAAAAUGACCUGCCUUCUCCGACAAGUUACUUUUGGCACUGUGUUCUCUGUGGCCCUUUCCAGUGUGUUGGCAAAAACCAUCACUGUGGUUCUUGCAUUUAUGGCAACCAAACCAGGAUCUGUAAUAAGAAAAUGGGUAGGGAAAAGAAUGGCAAAUUGGAUAGUCCUUUCCUGCUCCCUUAUUCAAGCAAGUAUCUGUACUCUUUGGCUAAGUACUUCACCUCCGUUCCCAGACAGAGACAUGCAUUCAGUGAAAGGGAAAAUUGUACUGGAAUGUAAUGAGGGCUCUGCUAUCAUGUUUUACUCUCUCCUGGGCUACAUGGGCUGCCUCGCCACUGUCAGUUUGGCUGUGGCUUUCUUUGCUAGGAAAUUGCCAGACACUUUCAAUGAAGCCAGAUUUAUCACUUUUAGCAUGUUGAUUUUUUGUAGUGUUUGGUUGUCCUUUGUUCCAACCUAUCUGAGUGCUAAGGGGAAAUACAUGGUGGCCGUGGAAAUCUUCUCCAUCUUAGCCUCCACUGCUGGCUUGCUGGGCUGUAUAUUUUUCCCUAAAUGCUACAUCAUUAUUCUGAGGCCUGAGAUGAACAACAGGGAGCAAUUAAGAAGGAAACAGAAUUAA